AUGUACUCCAAGGCGCAGAAGCUCGACGUUCUGGUGAAAGGAAAAACGGCACAGUCUUAUUAUGAAGUUUCAGGUCUGGCUCCAGUGGAAGAAGAGCAAGCUAGUGAUCCAGCAAAAACUAAGCUAGCAUCCAAAGCUAAUAAGGCAAAUAUAAGAUACGCUAAUACUUACAGGCUGGAGCCGUACAACAGAGUUCAGGACUACUUAGUAAGAAACAAAGCUCAAGCAAUACUAACGAGUAAACUUCAGCAAGACAAAUAUGAUGGAGCUUCUAGUCUAUCCUUGUGUGCUUCGAUCUCAGAAGAAAUAUUACAGGCUGUGAAGGAAUUGAACUUUGAUCGCUAUAAGUAUGUGGUAUCGGUACUAAUUGUGGAAAAGGCAAAUCAGGCAGUGGAAGUUGCCAGCAGAUGGGUCUGGGAUGUUCAGAGAGACACUUGGGUUUCAGCUGAAUAUGAAACUAACACAUUUUUUGCAUUGGCUUUGGUAAUGGCUUGUUAUUACGAUUAA